AUGGCGAAGAUUCGAGUCUUUCGUGGCGAUUUUGGUGAAAUCAUUCAUGUUCAACUUGCGAUAGAUCGAGCUGCUAAUCUUUCAAGAGGAGAUGCAUAUGUUGAAUUCAAGGCAAAAAUAGCUGAUGCUGAGAAACCACAGCUGUACAUGGAUGGUGUAUGUUUCAAGUGAUCCAAAGGGAGAUGCUUUAAAAUCUGAUAAUGUUGGUACUGACAUUGAGAAAUAUGAUAAUCACCUCUGCCUAUGAGUGGUGGAUCACCCAUACGCAGGCCAGUGUCCUCUUCUAGCGGCCGUUCUCCUCCAA